UGUAGUCGGCUGUUAUGCUCCUGAACUGUCAGUAGUGCCUCUUUCUGGAGAGUGUUAAUCAAUUUUAUCGAAGAUAGUAAACAGGUGAAAGCAUAGUUUACGCCAAUGUUUCUUUUCUUUUGGUCGAGAUAAAAGCAUCAGAUUUUGUCACCCAAAACGCGGGUUUAAACUUUUCAACAGGAUUUUGAUAGCAGCAUACUAAGAAAGACCCAAGUGGUGAUUUUUCACCAUUACACGAAUUUACUAAUAGUGGUAAGAUGCAGCUGUGCGUGAUUGGUGCGGGAGUGAUUGGUCUUACAACUGCCUUGGAGUUGCAGCAAGAAUAUGGGAAUGCAACCGUCACAAUUGUAGCAGAUCGUUUCGAGCAGGACACCUGCAGCGACGUUGCUGCAGGAUUGUUUCGCCCGGGAACAAGCUUUUGUGGUCCGAGCGAGGAUAUAACUAGGAAAUGGAUAUCCGAUGCUUAUCGUUACUGGGAUGAUAUCAGGAAAACGGAGGAUGCUUCAAACGCUGGUGUGACACAGCUUUCCGGAUAUAUUUUCUCCAGCACAGAUCCUGCGAUUGUGAGGAACCAUUAUAUUGAAAAAGUUCUGCCACUAUAUCGUGCGGCAACCGAACAAGAGCUGACGCUUUGUCCAGGUGAUUGGAAAUACGGAUCAUUUUUUACAACAGUUCUUACCGAGUGCAGGUUGUUCCAACCAUGGGCAACUAAGAGAUUUCUUCGCCGAGGUGGUCGAAUCGUUACCGAAUGCUUGGAAAGUUUCCAGAGAUUGUACGGAAAAUUUGACGCAGUUGUUAAUUGUUCUGGCUUGGGAGCUAAGAAGUUGUGUAACGACUAUAAGCUCGUUCCGAUUCGAGGUCAGGUGAUCAAAGUUAAAGCUCCCUGGGUUAAGACGGCUUUUUACGCGGAUUACGACACCUACAUCAUUCCCGGAUUUCAAGGUGUAACUUUAGGUGGAUGUCGAAAUUUUGACAGCUAUAACACGAACUUAUGCCGGCACGAUACGGCUGCUAUCCGGGAAAGAUGUGAGGCAUUGCUGCCUAGUUUGAAGGGGGCACCUGUUAUCAGGGAGGCCGUUGGGUUGAGACCUCAUCGGGACCCGGUUCGAGUGGAGCCUGAGUGGAUGGAAUUUGCAGGUGGCAAAUUAAAGGUGGUGCACAAUUACGGACAUGGGGGCUAUGGAGUAACUACAGCACCCGGGACAGCGAUUUAUGCUACGCGAUUGGUAACAGAAGUACUAAAAAGUAACAGUAAACUGUGAACUUUUUUUAGUUAAAUAAAUUUUAUUUUGGAACUGAACAAUAUAACUAAUUUUUA